AAUUUGAAUGUUAUUUUACAAAUAAUAAAACUUUUAAGCUGCAUUGUCAGGUGUAUUGAAUUAAUUAAAAAGUCCAUUAUUAAAACUUACACUCCAGUGAAAUUUGUGUAAAUUUGAUACAUGUUCAUCUGCCCACCUCAUUAGUUUUGUAUUUUGAUAUCAUUUUUUUAUGGUGAUACUUUAAGUGCAGUUGUAUUGUCAUAACGUAUUUCCCAGUACCGUCAGAUCAAUCCUGGUCUUAUUGAAAAGGUGGGUUGAAUUUUUUUCCAGUAUAAUCUGACUCGCACAGUUUCUGCAUUAAAAGAGGAUCCAUGGUAUUUAAUGAAGCUUUGUAAUCCGAAAUGAAUGGCAUUUUGUUAUUGAUUCUUACAAAAUUAAUGGGAGUUCAUUGAUCUGUAGAGGAGACUGAAAAGAUAUGCAAAUUUAUUUGUUUAAAAUCGGUACUGUAUAUGAAUUGAUUGCUUGCAAAUUUAGACAUGUUAGAUUAUGCUUGUUUGCUUAUUUGUUUAAAAAGGCAAUAUCUGUCAAUAUUGCUUUUGGUGUUAGCAUAUACUGUUUAUUCAGCGUUUUAUGAGUAUCAAGCUUUUAUUUAUUUCUCCUAAGAUUUUUUGGAGAACAGGCAAGUAUUUGUGCUGAAUUCAGAAAUACUUUUAUAUGUUAGCCUGACACUUGGUAUAUAUAUAACACUAGAUGAUGUAAAUGUUAUGAUACUUAUAUGCUUAACUUUAAUGCUUAAAAUAUAUAUUCUUUCAUUAUUUUUGUUUUUUAAUAUGAAGAGGUAGAUUUGUUUAUUAAAAUUUGAAAUGUAAUGAUGAGGCCAUCUUCUGGAUAAGAGAUGAAAGGUGCAAGUCCAGAUAUGAACCUUUUCACUUUGAAACGUGUUUGUGUCCUUAUUUUAACUCUUAAUAGAAUUUUUCACUGUCAUGUUUUUACACAUGCUUGGCCUAAAGGAAAUAUAGUGUUAUUAUUUUCACAAUUUUGCUUGCUGUCAACCUGUAACAUUGCAUGUACAAAAAGAUAGUAAAUGAAACAUUGAUUACAUAUAUCUUUUUGGGUCUGUACAUUGUUUAAACACAGUUUAUAUGAAGUAAAAAAUGUAAAUAUUUUAGAAAAUAUUUUAAACUUCUUUAUCCUAGUUUUGAUUAAUCAGAAAAUCUGUGGUUUAGUCUUUUCAGUGUCCUUUGAUCAUGAAAUAUGAUUAUUAUUAUUAUAUUGCUAUGAUUCUAACUUUAAGCCAGCUUGUGGCAAUUUAUUCCACCCCAUGUAACCAGUGCUGCCCAAGAUCUGCUGGCACAUCCAUGCUGUCUGAUCAUUGUCUGAUCAUUAUCUGCACUGUCAGUAUAUAUGAUAAUAUAUGUUGAAAAAAUUUCCAUAAAUAUAAUAAAUGGUUUUAUCAAAAUUGAAGAAUGAAUGUGUAUUCUUUUCUUAGUCUGAUUUGAAUGAAUAACGUUGGGUCACAUUUACAAUUAGAACAAUUAUUCAGGCAAUACGGAAAACUUAACUUCAUUGACAAUAAGUUGGGAUUUUGAAAAUAUGAUGAAACAAAGGGCUUUUUACACUAAGCCAGUAUAUAUUUUAUAGGUAUGUGUCAAAAUUCUUACCUUUUUAAUUUCUAAUGUGUGUUAUUGUGUGCAAUAUUAAAAUGAAAUGUAUAACAAGUUUAUAUAUAAGAGUUUUCCCUUAUUUAUUAUCUGUUUGUACCUUCAUGAAAUAGAAUAAAUAUGUCAAGCCUGUAAUCAGGUGCUAUAUAUAUUUAGGAUAUUUAGUCUGGUCAUUGUUAUUUAUCUUUACAGCUUGUUUUGUGCAAUCUAUAUCAUUUUUUAUCAAAUUUAUUUGAAUAUUUAUGAUGAGUAAAAUUAGUAUAUAUUUUACUAAGAAAAUUUCAAAUUUUAAGACUUGUAAAGCUGUGAGCAAAUAUAGUUUAUGCUAGAUAGGGUAAGAGUUUGUUCUUUAUAAAAUCUGAAACCUUAUCAUAGUUAGCUAUUUGGUAUUUGAUAAAUAUAUUUAUGAAAUGCUGGAAAUGUUAAUGACUUAUCUGUGCUACAAAUAUAGAGCCUGUAUUGCUAACAAAUGUCAAUACAAGCUGACCAGUGCAGGUCUUCCUGCUGGCUACUCAGUUAAAAAAAAUGAUGUUAAUGAAACAACUCAAAUUGACAAGUCCUUAUCAAAAGACAAACCCUAAUUCAUAGCAGGACAAGAUACAUGUAUAGUCCAAAUACUUUGACAUAAACCACGUAUUUGAAGCUAUUUUUUACAUUGGUCAAACCGGCUUUCGCAUUUUCCGAUAAACGUAAAACUGUUAAAAAAGGAAAAUGGGAAGUCUUUCAAUGAAGGACUAGACAAGAUAGUGCUUCAUUGAAAGACUUGCAAUGUGUUUCCUAAUUCAUAACAGAGCAAGACGCUUCUUUAUUCAAAGCAGGGCAUCACAUUUCUUACUUCAAAGUAGGACAAGACAAGUCCUAAUUUAUAAUAGGGCAUUACAAUUCUAACUCAAAGUAGGGGCAUAGAAGCCUAUUCAUAACAGGACAGAACAAAAUUCUGGAAACAAAGUUUAAUUCACAGCAGUGAAAUAUAAGUCAUUAUUCAGAGCAGGGCAGGAAAAGUCCUAACUUUAAGCAAAACUAAGCAUGUCCUUAUUCAAAGUAGGUCAUAUUCAUUUAUGUAGUUUUACCGGUGAAAACAAAGUACAUAAUUAGAUCUCAUAAACUUUAGUAUUCAUUUGAGGAUAACUUACGUAAUAAAGGUUUAGUCAAAAAAAUGUAAAGGGUGAAUUGAAAUUUUUAUAUCCAAUCAUCUCAUAAGAAAGAAUCUAACUUUUUCACCGCGUAUAUCCAGUAACACAGAAAUGUGCAAAUGACGGAGGAAUUGUGCAAAGUAACGCAGAUUGGCUAAAACGACCACGGACCAAUAUAUUUUAUUGUACGCAAAAUUUGAAGAAAUAAAGUAGCGCACAUGGUUGCUGAGACAUUAUACUUUAAACCGCAUAACAAUAUUUCAAUGAAAACUUUUUUUUUCAUGAUCAUUUGUGAAAAUUACGACCUGACUAGCGUAUUGAUAGCGUUUUUUUAGUUUCAAUAAUGCAAUAACAUACAUAUAACUUUAUGAUUUUUAUAUCCGGUGUACCUCAGACAUUUUUCAAUCUAUUCAUGUCAUAUUACACUUAGCAGAUAAAACGUAAUUGAGACCAUUUUUAGCUCACCUGUCACAAAGUGACAGGGUGAGCUUUUGUGAUCGCUUUUCGUCCGGCGUCCGUCCGUCCGUCGUCCGUCCGUCCGUCCGUAAACUUUUACUUUAAAUGACAUCUCCUCAUAAACCACUAAGCCAAUUUCAUCCAAACUUCACAGGAAUGUUCCUUUGGUGGUCACCUUUAAAAAUUGUUCAAAGAAUUUAAUUCCAUGCAAAACUCUGGUUGCCAUGGCAACCGAAAGAAAAAACUUUAAAUAUCUUCUUUUAAAAAACCAUAAGAGCUAGAGCUUAGAUAUUUAGCAUGAAACAUCUUCUAGUGAGUGUCUACCAAGUUUGUUCAAAUAAAAGCCCUGGGGUCAAAAUUGGCCCCGCCCGGGGGGUCAUUGAUUUUCCCUAUAUGCAUAUAGUAAAAACUUAAAAAAAUCUUCUUUUAAAGAACCCAAAGAGCUAGAGCUAAGAUAUUUAGCAUGAAACAUGUUCUAAUGGGUGUCUACCAAGUUUGUUCAAAUAAAAGCCCUGGGGUGAAAAUUGGCCCCGCCCGGGGGUCAUUGAUUUUCCCUAUAUGCAUAUAGUAAAAACUUAAAAAAUCUUCUUUUAAAGAACUCAAAGAGCUAGAGCUUAGAUAUUUGGCAUGAAACAUCUUCUAGUGAGUGUCUACCAAGUUUGUUCAAAUAAAAGCCCUGGGGUCAAAAUUGGCCCCGCCCCGGGGGGUCAUUGAUUUUCCCUAUAUGCAUAUAGUAAAAACUUAAAAAAUCUUCUUUUAAAGAACCCAAAGAGCUAGAACUAAGAUAUUUAGCAUGAAACAUGUUCUAAUGGGUGUCUACCAAGUUUGUUCAAAUAAAAGCCCUAGGGUGAAAAUUGGCCCCGCCCCGGGGGUCAUUGAUUUUCCCUAUAUGCAUAUAGUAAAAACUUAAAAAUCUUCUUUUAAAGAACUCAAAGAGCUAGAGCUUAAAUAUUUGGCAUGAAACAUCUUCUAGUGUGUGUCUACCAAGUUUGUUCAAAUAAAAGCCCUGGGGUGAAAAUUGGCCCCGCCCCGGGGGGUCAUUGAUUUUCCCUAUAUGCAUAUAGUAAAAACUUAAAAAAAUCUUCUUUUAAAGAACUCAAAGAGCUAUGGCUAAGAUAUUGAGCAUCAAACAUGUUCUAAUAGGUGUCUACCAAGUUUGUUCAAAUACAAGCCCAGGGGUCAAAAUUGGCCCCGCCCGGGGGUCAUUGAUUUUCUUUAUAUGUGUUUAGCAAAAACUUUAAAUCUUCUUUGAAAAAACCCAAAUAGCUAGAGUUUAGAUAUUAAGCAUGAAACAUCUUCUAGUAAGUGUCUACAAAGUUUGUUCAAAUAAAAGCCCUGGGGUCAAAACUGGCCCUGCCCCAGGGGUGUCAUUGUUUUUAACUAUAUGUGUAUAUGUAAAAACUUUAAAAAAAUCUUCUUUUAAAAAGCCCAAUGAGCUAGAGCUUAAAUGUUUAGCAUGAAACAUCUUCUUAUGGGUGUCUACCAAGUUUGUGCAAAUAAAAGCUCUUGGGUUAAAUUGGCUCUGCAACGUUGGGGGGUUGGGGGGCCUAUAUACAGGUGAGCGACCUCAGGGCCAUCAUGGCCCUCUUGUUAUGAGGUAACGCCGAAUUCUUGAAUGAAGCAAUAAAGCAACGGCGGUUAUAUUAUUAAAAGUAGCUAAAUCUUAUUGUAUCAGCUUCCUUCUAUUGUUAUACGAAACUUGUAGUUUGACAAAUAUCUUAGGUAUACAGAAAAUGGAAAAAUAAUGUUUUAAAGGUGUUAAAUGUAUAUAUUUAUUUAACGAAACACAAAAGUCACUUUCAAAUUGGUAAUCAGGCUGUCUUUCUCACAAGAAAACAUGUUACUGAAAACAAUUGUGACUCUGAUUAAAGUAUAAUGUCAUGGCAGCCGUAUGCGCUAAUUCAUUUCUUAAAAUUUGAUUUAGAAUAAAAUAUUUUGGUUCGUUUGCUUACUAUGUUAUUCGUUUUGACAAUAAGGUUGCACAGAUUCGGCGCUACUUUUACGUUAUUUGCACAUUCCUAUGCAUGGUGUUUUUAAUAAUGAGUGAAGAAAAAGCGUGUUUAUUAUUUUUUUAAGCAUGCCAUUUGUAUGCUUUGUUUAUUGAAAUAAAAUAUUAUGUUCAUAUAUAAAUUGAUAUAAAUUUAUUCUUAUCCCUUAGUAACUUUUGUCACCAGUAAUAACCUUUGUCACCACCGUACAGUCUGACAAGGUUUCAUAAUUCAUACAAAAUGAAUAUAUAUAUAUCGUCCAAGUCGUGUGAAUCAACUUAAUAAAUAUGUCAUUUGCUUGACCUAGGUGUUUUGUUAUUAUACAAAAAACAAUACAAUACAAUUAAUAUUUAUUAUCUGAUUAUUUCAUGACAAAAUACUACAUGUUUAUAAAUUCUUUGUACUAAUUAAGUAUAAUAGACUACGGAUCAUGUUUCAUAUGAGAAAGUUACACUUUGUGCACACGGGUAUAACAGCGCCAUUGUCUUUUCAUAACAACCAUAAUUGGGUUGACGUUGAUCAUAUAAAGGCGAAUGUUGUUAUAAACUGAAAAUAUUCAGAGUAUGUUAUUAUUACAUGACUAUAAGAGAUCUUUUUAAAUGUUGAGGAUUGUGAUAAAAGUUUUAUUUUAAAUAAUUAUGUUUAAAAUGACACUGGAAAAAAUAUUGGACAAUUUUUAUCAAUUCAGAAACACAAAAUAAGUCAACUUAAAGAACAGGUUUAAACAGAACAAUUAACAAAAUGGCGACAGGUGGACAAAUCAAUACUGAUAUUCUUUCAGAUGAAUUUUUUGAUGUAUCAUGUUCAAUGUGUAAAAAUAAAGGGAAAAACACUGAAGGUGAAAAAUACUGUGUAAACUGUAAGGAUUAUUUCUGUUUAACUUGUGUUCAAGUACAUGGUCAAGUGCCUCUGUGUGCUGGUCACAAGGUGCUGGAUAAAUCUCAAGUUAAUUCUGGAACCAGCAAAAGUCUGCCGAAGGCACCAACAGAGAGAUGUGACAGACACCGUCAUAAACACAUUGAUAUGUACUGUCAGAACCAUGAUAAUGUUGGCUGUUCUACAUGUAUGGCAUAUGAUCAUAGAUUAUGCAAGGAUACAUUCUACAUACCAGAAUUUAUCCAAAACAAUACUUACAAAGUCAAAUCCACAGGAGUAAAAACAAAACUCAAAAAACUAGCAAAGACUCUUGAAAACCAGUCUGAUAGAUUUAAACAGGAUAAACAAAGACUGCUGAAGAAGAAAGCAGAGAUACUGGCUGAUAUUAGAAAAUUCCGACAAGAAAUCAAUGACCAUUUGGACAAGCUGGAGAAAAAUUCUGUUGAUGAGAUAGAAAGUCAAUUCAAAUGUCUUGAAGACAAAGUUGAAGAUUGUCUAAACCAGCUACAAAUAAAAAAAAUCAGCUAA